UUUUAAUUUUAAUGUCGUAUACUCGUAUCCAAUAUUGCUUGCCAAUGCAAUCAUCUCUGCAAAUUAUACCUACAACACCGUACAUGCUUUUGUAAGCUCUUACAUCACUAGGAUUAGGAUAGGGAAAAACAGAAAUAUGUUAUAUAAACAUAUUCUAUUGAGCAAUCGAAUAUCCCAAUAAAAAUUUUCUGUACUUUCGUGUAUUUAGCAUCCCAUAUUCUAGGCUUUGAGAGUUAAAUUCAAUGGCUUUGCAACCAGAGAUGCUAAACUUUGUUUUGAUACCUUUAAUGGCCCCUGGCCACAUAAUUCCAAUGAUAGACAUGGCAAAGUUGUUUGCAGAACGUGGAAUUAUUGUGACAAUAGUCACGACGCCCCUCAACACAAUCAGGUUUAAUGCAGUGAUUGAUCGUGCUAUCUCGUCUGGACUCCCCAUUCGGCUUCUUCAGCUCCGGUUUCCAUGUCAGGAAGCCGGUUUGCCCGUAGGAUGUGAAAGUGUAGACACUUUACCAUCCUAUAAGUUAACAAGGAACUUCUUUAUUGCAGCAAAAAUGCUACAAAAGCCAUUGGAACAGAUGUUGAAAGGACUUAAGCCAGCUCCAAGUUGCAUUAUAUGUGAUAAGCAUCUGUCCUGGACGGCCGAUUUAUCGAAUAAUCUUCAGAUUCCGAGGAUUAUUUUUGAUGGAAUGAGUUGCUUCACACAAUUGAUAAUGAAUAAAUUGCAAAUUUCCAAGGUUCAUGAAACUGUGCCCGAGUUGGAGCCUUUUGUCGUGCCUAGUUUACCUGAUAGAAUUGAGUUUACUAAGUUCCAGCUGCCUGAAUUGCUCAACCCACGCUCGGUGGAAGCGCACGAUUUUUCUGAAGAUAUACGAGCAACUGAAGCACUAUCUUAUGGGGUGGUGGUCAAUAGUUUCGAAGAUUUGGAACAAAGAUAUGUUGAUGAAUUCCUGAAGAUCAGAAGGGGAAAGGUUUGGUGCAUUGGUCCACUUUCACUUUUCAACAGGGAGAAUUUAGACAAAGCUCAAAGAGGAAACAAGGCCUCUAUUGAUACAAACCAGUGCUUGAGGUGGCUCGACUCACACGAGCCUGAUUCUGUAAUCUACGCAUGCCUUGGAAGCCUCAGCCGUCAAACGCCUUCUCAAUUUAUAGAGCUGGCUUUAGGCCUAGAAGCGUCAAACUCUCCGUUUAUUCUAGUGAUAAAAGGAGGAGAAAAAACAGAAGAAAUAGAGAAGUGGAUUUUGGAAGAUGGAUUUGAUGAAAGAAUAAAGGAAAGAGGCCUUUUGAUCCGAGGUUGGGCGCCACAAGUACUGAUUUUAUCCCACUCUUCAGUAGGAGGAUUCUUAACACACUGCGGUUGGAAUUCAACUCUAGAAGGUAUAUGUGCUGGCCUGCCAAUGAUCACUUGGCCAUUGUUUGCCGAGCAAUUUCUAAAUGAAAAAUUAGUAGUACAAAUUUUGGGCACGGGUGUAAGAGUUGGAGCUGAAGCUGCUGUAGACUUUACCGCGCAAGAAGGGACUGGGAUAAAGCUUAUGAAAGACGAGAUUAAGGCUGCCAUUGACAUGGUAAUGGAUAAGGGAAAAAAAGGGUGUGAAAGAAGGGAAAAAGCAAAAGCGCUAAAAGAAAUGGCAAAGAGGUCAGUCGAAGAAGGUGGAUCGUCCUAUCUCAACACGACGAUGCUAAUUCAAGACAUCGAGCAACUUGUGAAGAAGAAUAAGGAAUCAACAUAAGGAUCACUCAUCACCUAGUAAUUGCACAUGAUGUUUCAAUGUCCUAUUCUUUAUUGAUUAUAAGAUAUUUUUUGGCUUCAAAGAGUAGGUUUUGGUAUGAAGAUCCCAUUUUUUUAUCUCGUAUCCAUGUGAUGGCAAGAGACUUGGAUUGAUUUUUGUUUUUGCUCUAGAGUUUCGGUGGGUAGGUUGGUUUCCAGUCCUUCAAGUGUUUCUAUAUCAUUUGUUUCGUGUUGCUCUUGGUCAAGGGGUAUUGGUUCAGGAUGGAUUUCAGUAUUAUUGGAAGUGUUUCCAUAGACAGAAAGUGAUGGGUGUCCUUGCUUUGACUUGUACCAACUGAGCUGGAAGAUGGAGUUUUCAUCGAUGGCAAUGGCGAGUUCUGCAGAUCUAGAUCAACAUAAAUUAUGACUAGGACUUCUCUUUUAUCCCAAUAUGCCUAGAAUCAUUACCGAAGUUCAAGUGAUCAUUUGUUGACAUUCGGAGUGGCACGAUCUAUCGAAAUACAAAGUUUCACGUCCAAUUGUCUGUGGUGAUACAAAUACAAUAAAGGCAGCUGGAUUUCCUCCAUUUCCCGGUGCAGAAUGUCCAAAAUUGCUACACGCUUCGACAUCUUUGCAUGUACAUGUUGUUGAAUCUUCCACCAAAUCCUCGGAAAUUCCUCUGUUUUCUUCCUUAUGAUUGUCCUUCACUCUGAUUCCAUGGUUGAGUCUUGUUCCUGAACUUGUUUGCUUGUUAGUGGGAUUAAUAGUUUAAUCCUUUGGUCUUGGGUCUCGAAAAAUCUCGAAGAUUUAUCGGUCCCCUUUGAUGUUGGGCAUGGGGUGAGGGCCACACUUGCCUCGCCUCAGGUCCGAUCCUAUGUAAAUCAUUUGUGUGU